AUGUCUACUCCACGGACAUGCGCAAUCCACCAGUCCAUCGGCCAACUUCCUAGGGGUAGCAGUUCUAUCUAUCUAUCUAUCUAUCUAUCUAUCUAUCUAUCUAUCUAUCUAAGUCUUUUCGUAUCUAUCUAUCUAUCUAUCUAUCUAUCUAUCUAUCUAUCUAUCUAUCUCAGUCUUUUCGUAUCUAUCUAUCUGUCUAUCUAUCUAUCUAUCUAUCUAUCUAUCUGUCUCAGUCUUUUCGUAUCUAUCUAUCUAUCUAUCUAUCUAUCUAUCUAUCUAUCUAUCUAUCUCAGUCUUUUCGUAUCUAUCUAUCUAUCUAUCUCAGUCUUUUCGUAUCUAUCUAUCUAUCUAUCUAUCUAUCUAUCUAUCUAUCUGUCUGUUUCCAAUUACACAAACAUCUACCUAGAAAUAUGUCACAUCAUCUAUCUCUCAAUCUCUUUCUCCUUCUUUUUGCGCAUGCUCUGCACUCUCUGCCAUACAGUAUCUCGUUGUUUAUAUCUCACACUGACUCUCUGUCUUUCUCUCUCUCUCUGCCACACACCUAAUCUCUCUCUCUCUCUGUCUCUAGCCGUUUCUCUACACAUUCACACUCUAUCUCUCUUGUACGAUCUAUACUCUCCUUGGCACACAGUUUCCCUUUUUUUUUUCUUACUCUAUCUUUCUCUGGCACACCUUUUAACCUCCCCCUCUCUUUUCCCUCUCUCUCUCUGUAUCACUCUCUAUGGAACGCACUCACUCACCCAGUCUCUCGCUCUCUGUAUCUCACACUUACUCACUCACUCUAUCCCUCUCACUUGGACUCUCUCUCUCUCUAGCCCUUUCUCUACACAUUCACCCUCUAACUCUCUUGUACUCUCUGACUAUACUCUCCCUGUAAUACAAUUACCCUUUUUCUUUUUCUCACUCUAUCUCUCUCAGGAAGCAAAAAGAUACUUACUCUCUCUAACAUACACUUUCUCUCUUUCUUUCUCUCUGGUACUCUCUCUCUCUCUCUCUUGCUCGCUCUCUUGGUUCGAAACUAACUCCCUCUUUACCGUCCCCCUCUCUUUGGUAGACAGACUCUCUACUUAUUUCACUCCCUUUUACUCUCCCGAUUUCUUGAUAUUUACUCAGAAGAACUCUGAUUUUCUCACACUCUUUCUUUUUCUUGUUUCUUCCCCUCUCUCUUUUUUUCUAUCACUUUCUCUCUAUUCGUUUUUUUUUUUCUAUUCCGUUCUGACUUUUUCUGUUUCGUCUUUUUCUUUUUAUUUUCCACAACUUUCCCUCUCUCACCGACGACUUACUUUCUUUACCACAAUUUUCUCUCACUCUCUUUCUUUCUCUACAACUUUCUCUCCGUGUCUCUCUGCCAUUCUUUCCACUCUCUCUUUCCCCAUCACCGUCAAAAUUCUUUCUUUCCCCUCUCUCAUUCUUUCCGUUUUGUCUCUUUCUUUCUAUCACUUUCUCUCUAUCCGUUUUCUUUCCUUUCUUUAUUCCCUUCUGUCUUUUUCUACCUUGUCUGUUUUCUUUUCUUUUCCCUCUCUCAUUGACAACUUGAUUACUUUUCAUCUUCUCCCUCUCUUUUAUACUCCCCCCCACCCUCCCCCGCUCUGUUUCUCGAUUAAUUUUGAAGAUUUUGUUCUUUCUUCUUUUUCCUUUAUUUCUCUCUUUCUUUCUUUCUUUCUUUCUUUCUUUCUUUCUUUCUUUUCGGCCAUCAUUUUUCCUUUCUUUUUCCUUUCUUUCUUCUUUCUUCUCCUCUUUCUUUCUUUCUUUCUCAUUUUUUAUGUUUACAUUCUUUCUUUCUUUCUUUUUUCUUUUUCUUUCUUUCUUUCCUUCUUUCUUUCUUUUUUUCUUUCUUUCUUAUCUCUUUCUUUAUUUCCUUCUUUCUUUUUUUUGUCUGUCAGUUCUUCCUUUCUUUCUUUUUUUCCUUUCUUCGUUCUUUAUUCCCCUCUUCUUUCUUUCUUUCUUUCUUUCUUUCUUUCUUUUCGGCCAUCAUUUUUUCCUUUCUUUUUCCUUUCUUUCUUCUUUCUUCUCCUCUUUCUUUCUUUCUCAUUUUUUCUGUUUACAUUCUUUCUUUCUUUUUUCUUUUUCUUUCUUUCUUUCUUUCUUUCUUUCUUUCUUUCUUUCUUUCUUUCUUUCUUUCUUUCUUUCUUUCUUUUCGUCCGCCAAUUCUUCGUUUGUUUUUCUUUUCUUUCUUUCUUUCUUUCUUUCUUUCUUUCUUUCUUUCUUUCUUUCUUUCUUUCUUUCUUUCUUUCUGUCUGUCAGUUCUUCCUUUCUUUCUUUUUUCUUUUCUUUCUCCUUUCUCUCUUUUCUUUCCUUCUUUCAACUCGUCCGCUACUUCUUCCUUUUUUUCAUAGCUAA